AUUACUAAUCAAAGGACAAAGUAACGAGGAAUUUUUAUCGAACGAAUACACUUUUAAAAAUUCAUUUCGUUAUAUGAUAUCGAUAAGAUUUUGUAGUCUAUGUAGAAAGCCUAAGAAAUAGCGUCGCUAUCGAUAAGUCGACUGUUUUAUAUCGAUAUUGCCGUUAUACUCACUUUUCAUUGAGUUGAUUUUCCUUUAUAUCUGACACAAGCUUUUUAUACAAAGUUUUUUUAACAAUGAUUUAACAACGUCUGAAAUGAAUCAUUAAAUUGAAAGUAUUUUGAAAAGCAGUUUGAAGAAUACGUGUGUUAGGUAUUCUAAUGCAAAUAAACAAAUUCUGCUGUGUUUUUAUUCUUUUGCGUGUUAAAAUUAAAAAAGGUACAAUAAAUAAACGAAAGAUGAGGGAUUUAUCGUUAGAUCUAAUCUCAUUAGACGCUUGUAUGAUCUAUGCAGAUGAUACUAGCUGGCCGCGUAUGGGCAAAAUUUGUAAUGCAUAGGCAGCCGUCCAUAGUCAUCUCUAAGCUGAGAAAACGCUGGUAUGAGUCCAUGUCGGGGAACUUUGCUGGGCAAAAAAUUUUAACGCAAACUAGUAUUCUCGUGCAGGAGGGUCCCGAAAUACAGGAAGUACCGUUAAUUGUCAGAAAAAUCAAGGAUAUCGAGGCAAUGUGUAACGGUACAAAUAAAAAGAAGCUCUCUUCUGUGAAUUCUGGUUACAAGCUGUCCAAUACAUCUAAGAAGGACGAACAGUCUACGCUAAAUAAUGUAUCAAACAUCACAAAUAUUCCAAGUAACUCCAAAGUGAAAAAUAAACCACUGAAUCGAAGAAUAGACAUUGAAACCGACGAAGGAACCGCAGUACUGUUUUGUUCUGAUCUCGAAUGCCUUAAAGAUUCUGAUAUAGAAGAGGUUCUACAGGAAUUGCAGUCGUUCGACACAGUCGACGGAGUAUACUCACUGUUAGAGAACAAGGUCGCGCAUGAGAUUAACUGCAGGGUAGCUUUGGAAGGACUGAAGAAAGUUAUUGAGUUGGAGAAUAGUUGGAACAAGCAAAAGUAUAGCAAAGUGCAGAAAAAUAGGCAAUCGGAAAUCGACAUCAGUGCUAAAGAUAUUGUUAUGAAACAGUUGAUUAAAUUAAUUAUUAAUAGUCACGACAGCGAGAUGAUACUACAGGGACUUAUAGCAUUGAAGAAAGAUAAAGUUAAUCCGCCUAGAAACGUGUACAGAGAUUGGAUGUGCGACGAGGCUCUGAGUCGUGCUGCGGAUGGAGAGUUUACACCUGCCCAGCUGAUAAAUGUUAUCAAAAUUUUGUCGACUUACAAGGAUCUUAAAUAUCAUAAAGCUAUCGAUACUUUGUGGAUUGGUAUUUUGCUCAGGGAACAAGAGAUUAAUUCUCAUUCACUGGUAGCAUUGUUUAAAACUCUGAAAUAUUUUAAUCAGAGUAAAAACAUGGUGAAGAUUAUUCUCGAAAGAAAACUUUCUGAUCAUUGGUUAAAAUUAACAGGCACACAAAUUGCGGAAAUAUUGGACUGUUUUCAUGACGAUGUCUUUGCAACGAGAUGUUUAAUAAAUGCCAGCAAAUGGGCAAGUAUAAGUAUGAGUACAUCCAGCGAAAAGGACUUGAUAAAUUUCAUACGUAGUCUAACUUCGAAAGACUACAUCGAUCUUAGAAUAGAAAACACUUUGCAGGAAUAUUUGAAAUCUAAAGCAUUGCAAAUCGAAGAUUCGAAUUUAAUAGCCACGAUUAUGAAUUAUUGUAAAAUUCUGCAGGUCAGAAACGAACAGAUUUUGGCAGAAUGCGGGGAAUACUUCAUAAAACAGAGUACGAAUAUUCCAACUCACUUACUGCCAUCCAUUCUCACACCAUUUGGAUUGUUGUACGUACAGCCACCAAGUCCCAGUAAAUUUUGGGAAACUUUCAAUGAAGUAUUGUCAUUGAAAUUUCAUGAUUUAAAGCUGGACGAUGCUUUGGACAUUCUUAUUUCUUGCACGUAUCUAGAAAAAUACCCUGUGAAAUUUUUAGAUAAGAUAUUCGUCUCGCAGUUGCUUCACAAGCUUCAUUUAAGAAAUCAUUCUGUUUUCUUCAAUCAUAUAAAGAACAAAUUGAAGCUGUUGGAUGCCACUAUGUCUUUAGAGUGCAAGGAUUAUCAAGACUUGCAUCUCCCUUCGAGAAAGAUAGACAAACCAUUGUUCUUGGAUGCACGAAUCAGAAGAACAGUAAAUAUGAUAUAUCAGCCGUUAGCGUCUUUAGUAGGGGGAGAACACAAAUUAAGUAAAAACGUGAUCUUGAAUCGAUUACCAGUUAUAAGUUUUUAUAUGCUCGAUAUACUGAUACAUCCCUUCAUGGUAUCCACUCCAAUCUUUCAUUUGAACGAAUCGAAGAAAGAUACAAACACUGCAGUUUUAAUUUAUUUACCAGAAUAUUAUUGUAGAAAUACGCGUCACUUGAUAGGGCCUCAAAUAAUGAGGAAGAGACAUAUCAGGAAAUUGGGAUUUCGAGUUGUGACGUUGGACUAUGUUGUAUUGCAGGAACUUUGGAGUCAGUCUGAUAAAUUGUCGUCUUAUUUAUUAGAAAGUUUAGGUAGAGCAGAGGAUGCUUUAUAACAACGAAACAUUGAAAUUUCAAAAUAUAAUCUUAUUUGCUUCAGAAGAAAUUAUACUAAUAAUCUACUAACUAAAAUAUGUUGCGCGAUGUAUGAAAUAAAAUGUUUUAUAAAUGAUAACCGAAUACUUUUUUGUAAAAUAAAUUACAAAAAUUCAUUAAGAUAUGUUUAUCGACAAUUUGUCGAAUACAUUAUAAUUUAU